CGGAGCAUGUACCAUGUUUUAUUCUCAGAGACUGGGCUCAUGCCUCUCCGCUUUCGACGCCUCAUCCUCGCCCUUCGUUACCUCCGAUAUCUCAUACUGCUCCAACCACGUCACUAUGCUCGGUGCGCUUUCGAAGACUCCUUGGACCUCGCGCGGACCGGAAGGAGUGGUUGGGUCGGCGACCUGGCCAUCGCUCUCGGGCGCUUAGAACACCCGGUUCACUUCGACUUCAUGGCCGAUGUCACCGUAGAUGUUGUUGACCGGCUGACUGAAGAGGUGGAGGCCUCCAGCGAGCUGUGGGUCCGCUCCAUUCUCAACAGCUCUCCCAAAACGUGGCUCCUAAGGGAUCGCGUGGAGAUUAAGAAGAAUGGAUCCACGGAUGCCAGCGCAAUUCUUUUCCGCCACUAUCUCCGCAUUCCUGUCCCCUCUCAUCGAUUCGCCUUCACCGACAUUGUACUGUCGAAUCAUUCCUUGGCGGUCGAGAUGCUUCGUUGGAAGUCUCGGGAACGACCUUACGAAGUGCCAAGGCAGUGGCGUCUCUGUCGAUUCUGUAUACAGUUGGGUGUUCAGUGUGUAGAGGACGAGACCCAUGCACUUUUGCAGUGUGUCUCGAACGAGGAAUUACGCGACCACCGGGCUGCAUUUUGGGACGAGCCGGUCGUGCGUGCCUCGGGUGUCAGA